UAUUGGACCAUGAAACUUGCAAAUCAUUAACAAGCUGGUAAUAGUUCUUUCUCAGUUGUAUGAGACCUUUUUCCAAUGGAUUUUAUCAAAGUUGAUUUUGAAAUUUUACUCGUUAAAGAAGUUGAAGAUAAAUAUCAGUUAGCUCUUUAACCCUUUCGUUUCGAGUGCUGCUUAUAAGCGGCGCGCAAAAUAUGACCUGUGAGUACGAGCGUCGCUUUUAAGCGGCGUACACAAUAUGACUUGUGGGUAUGAACGCCGCCUAUAGACGGCGGCCACGCGACAAUUUCUGGGUCAUCACACCAUAUAUCCGGCAUCAAAAUGAUGUAUAUACAAGGGCAAUCUGCAGUCGAUAAUUAGAGAUGUAGUCAAUAUGUUUCGAAAAUCCUUCAAUGAUACAUUCCAUCCGUUUCAAGAUCUUUGUAUUGAUGAAAGCCUUAUAUUGUACAAAGGCCGCUUGUCAUUCAGACAGUAUAUUCCUUCGGAAAGGAAUAGAUUUGGUAUCAAAUCUUUUAUGCUAUGCGAUUGCAAAACGGGUUAUGUGCAAGAUGUUAUAGUUUAUUGCGGACAGUCAACAAAUAUUGAAAGUGCAGCCAAGGGUAUCGGAAAGUCGGGUGCGAUAGUUUUGUCGCUUUUGCGACCGUUUUUCGGAAACGGUCACACAAUCUAUCUUGAUAAUUUUUACUCAAGUCCAGGAUUAUUUAAUUUGUUGCAUAAUAAUAGUACAAAUACGUGCGGGACUGUUAGUAAAAGACGGCAAGGAAUGCCGAAGUUUGAGAAACAUCUGAAAAAAGGAGAGGCAUACUUUCGUUCAUCAAACAGUUUGUUAGCGAUAAAGUGGUUAGAUAAAAAAGAAGUAUAUAUGAUUACAACUAUGCAUACGGCAGGUUUUGCAGCCGUAUCUAGAUGUGGAGGACUACAGAGUGUUGCUAAGCCCGAAUGUGCUAUUGAUUACAAUAAAUCAAUGGGCAUAAUAGACAAAGUCGAUAUGGUUAUAAGUACACUAAAAACAACGCGAAAAUCGUUGAAGUGGUACCGCAAAUUUUUUUUCCACAUACUAGACAUUUGUGUCUGA